CAUAUCAACAACAUGUUUAAAUGGGUUUUGUGGGGAUUUUUGGCCUUUUUAACCAAUGGAGGAUAUGCACAGAAUGCCAAAUAUGUAAUAAGCGUUCCAGAACCUCAUAUACCAACAGCACCACCUAUACCAACUCCAGCUUCACCAAACUCAUCACAUGCCAUGGUUAAUCCAGGAUUACCUUUCAAUGUUGGAGGUAUUUUCCCUGAUCUUGCAGUAACAGCUGAAAGUGCCCCCAAGAGAUCAGAAUGUGGUAUUGGUGCUUUGAUGGCUUGGGCUGAUAAUCUAUAUAUGGUAUCCUAUCUUUCAGUACCUAAUGCUGGAAAUGGUACCGGAUUAUAUCAAAUAAACAGCAAGUUUCAGAUGAAGAAGCUUGCCAAUCACAGUUCAACUUAUGCUAAUAGAAUAAUACAUAAGGAAUCUAAUCAAAUCAUAAUAGGUGCAUGGGCUAUAGAUUCUAAAGGAAAUGUCCAAACCUUUAAAGAUUUAUUGCAUGUUCGAGUUGCUGCCACAGCAGAACAUUUAACAGAAUAUGCCACAAAGGUAUAUAUGCUUGGUAUGGAUGGACCACUGUGGGAAUGUGAUGUAUAUAAUUAUACAUGUGUACAACUAUUUGAUUUAGUGAAAACAUUAGACAUACCUGCAGAUCAAGGGGAACAACCCCAUUUUAAAGCAGCACAUACUAUGAAUGGACGACUUGUUGUUGCUAGUAAUACAUUUGAAGAAGCAGAUUUUAUAGGAACUCAAUCAGGGGGUCGUCUUGCAGAAUGGACAGGACCAGGAACUAACUGGACUAUUUUAGAAAGAACUGCAUUUGUUGAAGUUGCUGGAAGGAGGAAUUUUGGUCAGGUCAUUUAUGCUUUAGGGUGGGAUUACCGAUCUGCAAUUCUCAAAGUAUUUGAUGGGGAUGACGGAGCGUAUAGAAAAUGGCAGACAUAUCGAUUACCUAAGGCUAGUCAUGCUUAUGAUCAUUUGUGGCAGACAGAAUGGCCACGGAUACGGGAAGUAGAAACUGAAAGAUACCUUAUGGAUAUGCAUGGAAUGUUUUAUGAAUUGUCGCCUCUAGGCUGGGCUGGUAGUACUUGGGGACUUCGUCCUAUCUGUCAACAUUUACGUAUGGUUCCUGAUUAUGCGUCAUAUAGAGGAUUCUUAGUUUUAGGUGGAAAUCAGGUAUCAUCUAUCUUUGAUAAUAAUGUGGUAACUGGACAAGCACAGUCUGGUUUAUGGUUUGGUAAAACGGAUGAUCUAUGGAGUUUUGGUAAACCCCAAGGUUGGGGAGCUGUUUGGCGUCGAGAUAUUCUUAAUUCUGGUGCCGUUUCAGAUCCUUUCUUAAUGACCGGUUUUGAUAAGAAAGUUUUACAUGUGAUCAAUCAUAACAAGACAAUGGCGUAUUUCUCUGUUCAAGUUGACGUUACUGGAGCAGCAGGUCAUCUUGCUGAUGAAGAUUGGGUUGAGGUUACUCAACUAGAAACAACAUCGUCCAAACCUUACGUCUGGUAUGUUUUUCCCAAUGGUUUUAGUGCACAGUGGGUCAGGAUCGUCUUAAAGAAUUCUCUACCAGGAAAAAUGAUAACAGCAUACUUCAAUUAUUCUUAAAUAAAGUAUAAAAUAGACAGAGAUAGAAAUUUGGUUUAACGUCCACUCGACACAAAUGUGGUCAUUUCGGGACUAACAUAUGGUUUAAUUUUAUUUCAAUAAUUCGCUUGUGUGUAGGGGUCUUCAGCAGUGGGAGGAAACCGGAGGACACGGAGAAAACCCACGACGUUGAAGUAUAAAAUAGGAUGAUUUGUCUUUUAAAUCAUCAGUUAUUUAAAUGACAUUAACCCUUGUGCGAAGACGUCUCACGAAAAACAUCUAAGAUCCCAGAUAUAAAUUGGUUUUUGGAUGCAUAAUUUUAUUCAAAUACGAUCAAACUACAGCUUCAUAUAAAGACUGAAUCAAAAAAUAUUUGAGGUAUUAUAAGGUAAUUUUGAAACCAUACAAAUCUACAAAUAACUUAAUUGUCAUUUCCAUGUAGAAUAGUCU